UGAUAGAUUUGGAGAGGCGGCGUGUGGUGAGUUCACAGCUGGCUGGCUGCACUCUACUGCCCGCUGUUUAGUCACUGAAAGCCUCCAAGCAUGGUUAAAUGAAGAUUAGAGUCAAAAACUGGAUAUCCGAGGCCAGUAUUGACAGGCGCCAUGAGUGCUUUGCUCACCGUUUUGACAUUUCUCGCCUUCACCUCUGCGGCAGCAAAGCCCAACGCUGGUUUGAAAACGUGGGGGCGUUUCAGUAAACUGCCCUAUCCAGGAGAUAAGGCUUUCCUCUAUGAUACCUUCCCCAAGGACUUCAUAUGGGCGGUAGGCACGGCGGCGUACCAGGUGGAGGGCGCGUUCGAGAAAGACGGCAAGGGGCUCUCCAUUUGGGACACCUUUACGCGCGGUGGGAACCGGAUGGCCACCGGGGACGUCGGCAGCGACAGCUAUCACAACAUCCACGCCGACAUCCGAGCCAUCGGGCAGCUCGGGGUCAGCCACUACAGGUUCUCCCUCUCCUGGUCCAGGAUAUUCCCCAACGGCACCCGCGGGAGUUACAACGAAAUCGGCACCAACUACUACCGGACCCUCAUCAAGAGGCUGAAGGAGGUCCGCGUGCAGCCGGUGGUCACGCUCUACCACUGGGACCUGCCCGAUCACCUCCAGCAGACCCUCGGCGGCUGGAGGAACCCGGAGCUUGUGGGGAUUUUCAAGGACUACGCCGAUUUCUGUUUCCAGACUUUCGGGGAUGAUGUGAAGUAUUGGAUCACCAUUGACAACCCGUUUGUGGUGGCUCGGCACGGGUAUGGCACCGGAGUGGUCGCUCCCGGGAUAAAGAACGACCCUGAUCUCCCGUUCCUGGUUGGACACAAUCUCCUCAAGGCUCAUGCAGCUGCGUGGCAUCUCUACGACCGACACUACCGACCCCGUCAGCAGGGCAAGCUGUCCAUGGCGUUGGCCUCUCACUGGAUCAAGCCCAGUCGCACCCGCCUGGAAAGCCUGCGAGAGUGCCAGUGCUCCCUGGACCACGUCCUGGGCUGGUUCGCCCGGCCGCUGUUCACAGACGGAGACUACCCUCCCUGCAUGAAGGCGAGGCUGGGCUCACGGCUGCCCUCCUUCACCCAGGAGGAGAGGGAGCAGGUGAGGGGAACAGCCGACUUCUUCGCCCUCUCUCACGGAGCGGCCCUGAGCUUCCAGCUCAUCAACGACAGCCUGAAGUUUGGGCAGCAGGAGGAUCUGGACCUGAGGAUGCUGCUUUACUGGGUCAACGCAGAGUACAACAAGCCACCCAUCUUUGUGGUGCAGAGUGGUUGGUACGUCCUUGGCAAUACCAAGACAGAAGACCCAAAACACAUGUACUACCUCAAGAGGUUCAUCGCAGAGGCACUAAAAUCGAUUGUCAUAGAUGGAGUGAAUGUGAUUGGAUACACAGCCUGGUCUCUGAUAGACGGCUUCGAGUGGCACAGGGAAUAUGGGAUACGACGGGGACUUUACUACGUUGACUUCAACACUCCUGACAUGAAGAGGGAGCCAAAGACAUCUGCCACCUUUUACAGAAACGUCAUCCAGAGGAACGGUUACCCAGAGCUUCCAGAGAACAGACCAGCACAAGGAGUCUUCCCGUGUGAUUUUGCCUGGGGGGUAUCUGCCAACUCCAUACAGGUGGAGACCACGCCCAGCCAGUUUGCAGACCCCAGUGUUUACUUGUGGAACAUCACCAACAAUGGAGAACUGAUGAGGCUGGAGGGCUUCAGCGCGCCACCUUUACGCCGAACCACGCACUGCGCUGAUUACGCCACCAUCCGACAACAGGUGGAUGAAAUCCAGCAGGUGGGGGUAAACCACUUCCACUUCUCCCUCAACUGGUCAGCUCUGGUGCCUACAGGUGACGUGGCUCAUCCCAACACCACUCUGCUGGGCUACUACCGCUGCUUCACCCGUCAGCUGCUGCAGGCCAACGUCACGCCUGUGGUCACUCUGUGGCACCACACACGCCAGCGCAGCAGCCUGCCGGCCCCGCUGGACACCUCCAACAAGUGGCUGAACAGGGAGACUCCAGAGGCGUUCGCAGACUAUGCCAGACUUUGUUACAGAGAACUAGGUGCCCACGUGAAGAUGUGGAUCACCCUGAAUGAGCCCAACGAUGAGAUGGUGAGCUACCAGGAGGGUCAUCAGAUGCUGCGGGCGCACGCUCUGGCCUGGCACGCUUACGACCGUGAGUUCAGACACGCUCAGGGAGGACAGGUGUCUCUGGCUCUGCACAUGGACUGGGUGGAACCAGCGUUUUCAUUCAGCCGUGAAGAUGUAGAACCAGCUAAAAGGGUUUUAGACUUCCGUGUUGGCUGGUUUGCAGAGCCAAUCUUUGGCAGUGGGGACUAUCCUCUGGGAAUGAGGAGCUGGCUGCGUCAGCUCAACUCACUUGACCUGCCAGUGUUCAAUGAGGAGGACAGACAGCUGGUUAAAGGGACAUAUGAUUUCUUUGCCAUUAGUCACUUCAGUACCAAGUUGGUGACACAUGCCAAAGAAGACUCGUACACCUACACAGCAAUGCUAGAGGUCCAACACAUGAUAGACACCACAUGGAUCAUGUCCCCGAGGCCUGUUGUGCCCUGGGGCCUGAGGAAAGCCCUCAACUGGGUGAGGGAGCACUACUGUGAUGUACCUGUCUAUGUGAUGGCUAACGGGGUCCAGGAAGACCCAGCCCGCUUCAAAGACAGCCUAAGAGUCUACUACCUGUAUAGCUACAUCAAUGAGGCACUGAAAGCGUACACUCUGGACGGUGUAAACCUGAAGGGUUACUUUGCUUACGCCCUGAGCGACCAAAGGGACCCGGGGUUUGGCUUGUACGGCCACGUCCACGAGGAGGUCAUCAUCAAGGCCUCUCUCUCCAACUAUCGCAACAUCAUCCAGCACAACGGCUUCCCCAUUCAGGGAGCUGCCCCCCAGCAGUGUCCCAGCAUGCCUCAGCCCUGCCUAGGCUGCCAAGUGCUGGUCAAGAGGCCUGUGGUGUGCUUCCUGACUCUGGUUGGUUCAGGGGUGCUGAUCACCCUGGGCCUCAUUAUCUACUACACAGCCAAGAGACACAAGGAGUCGUACUGAUGAUUGUGACUGUAGGAUUUUUUUUUCUUUUUAUAAAUGACUCAAGGAAAAAAAAAACUGAGUGCAGUCUCCAUUUUACUUUUGUAGCAUGAUCAACCAACAUCCCUAAAUUAUGGUACUUCAUUUGACCUUUAUAUUAAAUGAAGUCUGAAUAAUGAAAGUGGUCCAAUCAUCUUCACAUUUUAGCUGUUACAACUGUUAUUAAAUGUUUGUAGACUUGAA